UUUGUAAAGGUUUUGGGCCAUUUUUUAAAACCAUUUAGGAAAUUUAACGCAAAUUUUAUUGCUAACCACGUCCUUGCAAUAAAUACAUUUAAAAAACCCCGUACAAUUAUCGAAGCAUAUCGGCAUACAAGGGUUAACGGCAUAAUUUUAAUAUGCUUAAUAACCAAAAUAACGGUUACAAAAUACCGUACGUUCCGUAUAAUUGUUUUUAAAAAGGGGCAAAUAAAUAAGGUUUUAAUUAUCGCUUUAUUGGAAAUCGAUAACCUUUUGCAACGGAAGCGCGUUGCAAAUAUUUAUAUAAAAUAA